AUGCCCAACUCGCCUAAGGAGUCGAACGCAGCCUAUAUUUUGCUUUUAAUGAGCGGCUUAUGGAUCACUGAGGUUAUACCACUCUGCAUGACCACCCUGCUACCCCUCGUACUUGCACCGCUGAUGGGUCUGGUUCCCUCUGCUGUCAUAGCCAAAGAAUACUCAUCAGCUGAUGUUGAGCGUGAUGCUGCCAACUUGGUUUCUCUCAAUGUGAAUGAGCAAUACUGCCACAAGCGUGAUGAUGAUUAUCGUCGUGGAAGCGCUUUUAGCGAAGCUGGAUGA